AUGGCAGCUAGAGCAGGAAGCCGAGAGCUCACAUCUUCAAAUGCAAACAUAAAGAAGGGAACUGAGGAGGAGCGGAAAAUCCCCGUGAAGGUGUCCUUGGGGAUUGCCGCCUUUUCCUCAUUUGUGCAUUCACCGGGCCAAGGAUGUUUGCCAGGUCUUCCAGACCCCAAGGGAACCAACACUCCUCCACAACCAAUCACAACAACAGAACAGCCUACGAUGAAGGACAACCAAAGAGUCACCAGCCACCAGAGCUCUCCCUGCCAAUCAGACUUAAUGGAGCCAAAAAAAUCAUACAUUCAAAUCCACUUUGAUGAACUGGAAAUGAAUUUGGCAUCUGCUAGGCCCCCAGUCCCACCUGGAUGCUGGAGCGCAUGGAGAGCAGGUGCCGCUCGCUCUCAGCCUCAGCGGCAGCACAGUCAGCAGCUCUUCCCAGUAGCUCUGACCAUCGCUGGAACUCCAGCUUCUGCUGCUGCCCUCCCCAAAGUCAAACCGGCCAAGGGUGUGUGCUUGCAUGCACCUGCUAACAGUAGAGCCUUGGAAACUCACUUCGCAGCCAAAAACAUGUGGCAGGAACUGUGGAAGAUGCCGUUUGCUGCCAGUGGGGGUAGUCAUGUAGUGAUAGCUUCUCCUGCCCCAGCCUUCCAGCUGGUGAGCAACAGCAAGACCUUCUAUCGGGUGGAGGAGCCGCAGACUUGGAAAGAGGCCAUGUGGUACUGCCAGGAGCAUUACACAGACCUCGCUGACCUGCAGAGUGUGAACAGCCCAGUGAACAUCAUGGUGGUCUACUCCUACACCAGCAGUACCCAGGCAUGGAUCGGCCUCUUCUACAAUGUGCACAUCUCUGGCCUGAGCUGGUCCAGUGGCUCCAUCUUUACCACCCCAAAGUGGAGUGCACGGUCUGUCUUCCGGGAUGGCCUCUGUGCUACUCUGUAUGCAUGGGCCAUGGUCCCUGCCCCGGGGGCUGUCUCCUGCACAACUCAGAAGCCCUUCAUUUGCUAUUAUGGUGUGUUCAGAUUAAUAUUCUGGGCCUGCUCUUUUCCAAGAUUGUUUCGGGGAGGGGGAAAGGAAGAGAAGACUAACUCAACUACAGCGUUCCCUGACAUCACUCAGUUCUCCCCAGUUCUUCAGGUUCAUUGGGAGUGCAUGGGCCAAAUUACCACUCAGUUCCAUGGGACUACCCUGUGGCCACUAUCGCCUGUUGUCCGAACAUUUGAAAUUUGCUUCUGUUUUACAGACUCUGCUGUAGGACACGGCAUGUCCUUAGUGUCCUCUCUUGGAGCACUGACUACUCUUCCAACAGAAGCUGAGGUCGAGAUUGGUGGAUGGACCUUCAUUCGGAUUAAACAAGCCAUGUCGUGGCCCUCAGCUCUGACCUACUGUCGUAACCACUACACAGACCUGGCCGAUCUGCAGAGAGUGACCGACGAGAAGGACAAAGAAAUCCUCCAGUCCAUCACAAGCAAUGUUGAUGCCUGGAUUGGCCUCUACUUCAGUGCAAAGAUCAACAGUCUCACCUGGUCCAGCGACUUGGGGUCUAGCAUUCCCGAGUGGCUUCAGAAAAUACCUUUGUUUGGUCAAGGACUGUGUGCAGGACUCCGUGUCUUUCUGAACGGCCCCCCUGAGAUUUAUGCACUACUUUGCCAUGAGCAGAAACCUUUUAUCUGUUUCUGUGACCCCUCCAUUGGCCAUCGGAAGUUGGCAGAGAUGCCUCUACUCACUGCUACGUCCUCCCCCAAAGAGACUCACCCCUCAGAAGUUACUGCAAGGACAACCCCUAGGCUAAACACAGGGACCAGCACUGGCCCCAUAGGUGCCUCCCAAGAGAUGGUUCCAGCAACCUGGACCCCUCGGCAAGUGACUCAUCAACCAACUGAUGUCAGCUCUGGCACCUGUGAUACUACCACUCCUGCCCCCACCACCAUGGGCCUCACAGCUUUCCAUUCUCAAGGGACGGUCUCAAUAAGUCCUCUGACAACCCCGACACCUUCAGGAGCUGUGACCAGUACAGAGCAUGGUACACAUAUAGGAGACACACCUACUACCACCCAGGCCCAACGUGUCAGCUCACCUAAGCACCCAGGGACUACAGAGGCAGUCAGCUCACCUAAGCACCCAGAGACUACAGAGGCAGCAGUAGCAACAACAGAAGGCUCAGGUAACAGCUUCUGUUUGCUAACUUCACUAUCUAACAGCCCAGGGCCUAAAAAUCUACAGUCACUCCUCGCCCAGGAUACCUGGGCGCCUUCUGGUAACUCUACCUUCCAAGGACUGGAAGGUUUAAGGGGUGACAUUCUUCUAAGUCAGGAAACGUUUUCUUUUCCAGAGCACUCCUUUGGAAUCCUGAAAGCAGAUUUUACCAUCUCAACAGUGAAGGAUCCAGAAGAGAUGAAAGAUCAACUUUUGAGUGAGAUCCAAGAAGCCUUAAAGCUUGUAUUAGGUCACGAGGAAUUCACAUUGAAAUGGGUCGGCUACGAAGUAAACAAAAAAUAGCAAAUAUCCGCUAAUUCUCACUUUCCUUUUAAAGUAGUAGUUCAGGUUGUCUUUAGUUUUGUUUUGUUUUGAAUUCCUAGACACACAAGAUUAGAAAUAACCUGAAGGACACACAGAAGAAAAUGACAUGUGAAACCUGCAUUCUUGGGUUUUACAGACUGAGAUAGAUAAACUGAAGAUAGCACACCUGGAGAAUGAUAAACAAAGGCAGCUCCCUAACCCAACAAGAAAAACCCUAAGAACAAGCUGUGUAGGGAAUAUGAGAGGACCAUGGAGGCGCAGGACAGUUGGAGGAAGUUUUCUUUCCAAGGAUGUUAACAUAACACAACCGACACCAGUGCCGGUUGUCCAUCCUACUCAUAAAUAUUUUACCUGAAACUUGUAAAAUUUUAAGGCAUGCUAAUCCUAAUGCUAAAAUGUAUCUUCAGAAUAGUAUCCCAGUGUUCCAAGUGUCCUAAAUGCCUAGCAGAGAAGUUAGAAGGUAGCACACAACACAGAUGCAUGUAUGAUAGAAGCAGUACUGUAAAUACAGUAGCAACUUUAGUCUGAAAUGUUUAAAGUUAAAGUUUAUUUGUAUUUUUUGUAGGAAUAUCAAUAAAAGACCUCAAACGUAUCUAUAUCUGUACAUGUACAAGAACUGUCAAAAAUUAUUCACAGA